ACAUCAGCUGCUGAAAGAGGAAGUUGUUGGAGAAAGAUGUCGCCUCUUUAUUGAGCACCAGCAGCUGCCGGGGGAGUAGGAGCUCGGCAGCUUGAUACAAUCAACCCCCGACAAUGCGAUGGGUAACUGCUGGGCUUACUGCGUCGGCCUCUACCGGAGGGAAGCCGGCAGGAUCCAGAGAGGAGGCGGGUCAAAGUACUUCAGAAGCAGCACCACAGGGGAACAUUAUACAAUAGAGUUUGACAAUCUGGUAGAAAGCGAUGAGGCUGAAAGUCCACAGCCAUGCCCAAGGCCUAUAAGUGAAGAUGAGCUCAAGAACCUCCAAGAACAUCGUUAUGCUGCUAUUUCAGACAAGCAGGUCUUGAUAGACCAAAAGCUACAAGCUGAAUUAGAGGCACAAGAGGAGAAGUUGAGGCUAGAAGAGGAGGCUAGAAACGCUGCCCAGCGUGAGGCCGCCAGGCUGGCACGUGAGCGAAAACUGAAGGAGAGGAAGCGUGGCAAAGCAGAUGGAGCCAGCAGUGAAACCCAGCAAAAAAAGUUUGUUGGUGUUCAUGAAGGAACCACCGAAAAACAAACCUCCGGGGAGAAUUUCGAUGUCUACCUCCAGAACGUCAAAGCCCAGUCCGAGGCUUUUAGGAGCAACCGACUUCCAUCAGACACAAACACGGUGACUCCCAACACGGAGUACAGCUGGGAUUUCACCACAAAGACGCGCUCCACCAACGAGGACGGGACCUCUCUGGAUUUAGAGUGGGAGGACGAGGAAGGAAUCAAUCGCGCUUUUCCGGCGUGGGAGAGGUCUCGAACAGAGGAGGACAUCCUGCGGGCGGCUCUGAGGCCCGGCAGCAAACCGACGCACAGCGGGCCGACCUCGGCCUCCGAGGACUCCAACGCUCUGGAGUGGGAGAACGACUUUGUGAGCUCCCGUCCGGAGGACAAUCCAGACGUGGAAUUCCAAGGGUUUGUCAACCCCGUCCUGGACACUCCCUCCGAGGCCGUGUCGGACUGCAGCCUCCACUCAGACGUCCAGGACAGAUAGUGUCCAGCACCAAAGGAGACAUUUCUCACGCCACAUUGCAGGUCACCAGCUUUCUGUUGCCUCAUCGAGCAGACGCACGCGCGUUACAAGGUCCUCAUAGUCUGGAAUGAAACUGUGAUGCUGCCGGAAUGUGUCGUCCAUCUCUGCACGGCGACGCAGAGCAGCGACAAUUUUAUAAAAACUUGUUUUCAGUGCCUUUAUUUGCUGCAUCUGCUGACCAUUUAAUGCACCAACGAGAAACUAAUGUUGACCUUAACCUUUUUUUUUAAGAGCAUAACCUCAGUGACUGUGGAGUUACUUCAGGAGCUGAGUGAGCCAACAAAACGGGAUCAUUUGUCAAGUUUCCCAACACCUAGAGACCAAAUCCAAUGUUGUAAAAGCAUCAACGGUAUCCACGGAAACCGUAUAGGACUUACCAAUUAAUUAAAAAAAAUAUGACUGAAGAAUCAGUUAAAUUGCUGACAAUUAUGUUUUUAAUGCUAUUAAUGAAUGGGAAUAGAUCUGGGGAAGUGAUUAUCUUUUUUUUAAUCAUCUAAUCAAUGAAAAAAAUAUUAUUUCACUUAAUUUUUAUUGAAGAAAAUCGGUAAAAGCUGUUUUUUUGUGUGUUUUUUCUUUAAUUUCUUUUAGGAUGAAUGAAUAUUAAAAAGUAUAAAAGUUACAGAGUGGCAGGAGUUCAUUGGAAAUUCGCCUCAGAGUUGUGGGUGGAACCGUUGGAGCGGAGCGACUCCGCCCCCUUUCCCCCUCACCGUUGCCUUUACCUGCCCAGUGUUCUAAGUCCCAAACAGGCUCGUUUUCAAACAGCAUUUACGCGCCUGCUCCUGAUUCACAGCGAUCUGCAUUAAGAAACACUCAGAAAUGUAAUUUUAAGCUGAAUUGUCUUCAUAUCAAUGCCACAAGAGCAUGUUUAAAACACCAGAGCGUUCAUCAGCGUGAGUCUCCACCACACAAGAACAUUUCCUUAUUGAUUUUAAGAAUUCAUUUGUUUGGAUGUAGCAACCGCAUUUCUAUUGAGCAUGCCUGGGUUUAGCAGCAGGUUUGAGGAAAAGACUUCCAGGAGAGGAUUUUUGUCACUUAUAAACAGACAGUGGAGGAAAAUGUUUUAACAAUGUGAACAUACUGCAGAGGAUAAAUCCAUUAAUAUCAGUUUUUGUAUUAAAUUACAUUCUAAACUCAAACCAUUUGACUGUGAGGAGCUGGGAAGACAAACAAUAACAGCUGUACAUCCUGAUGUUUCUCUGCGAUAAGAUCAAGCUUCAGAUCUGCUGCUUUUCAUUCCUGACGACCUUCUUCGGUUGUUGCUCUUGGGAGUUGGAGGUCUGCGUGCUUGUAGAGUCAUUUCCUUAUUUCAUUUUUGUUUCUUUUUAAUGAUUUUUUUUUUGCUCUGAUUUUAUGCUUUUCACUGUAAAUUCUGUAAAACAGAAUGUAAAUUGAAAUUGUUGUGCUGAGCUCAAAAAGAAAAAUAAAAUGUUCACACUCUGAUUUA